AUGUCAGGUAGAGGAAAAGGAGGAAAAGGUUUAGGAAAAGGUGGUGCUAAAAGACAUAGAAAAAUUUUAAGAGAUAAUAUUCAAGGUAUUACAAAACCAGCUAUUAGAAGAUUAGCAAGAAGAGGUGGUGUUAAACGUAUUUCUGCUUUAAUUUAUGAAGAAGUUAGAGUUGUUUUAAAACAAUUUUUAGAAAAUGUUAUUAGAGAUGCUGUUACUUAUACUGAACAUGCUAAAAGAAAAACUGUUACUUCAUUAGAUGUAGUUUAUGCAUUGAAAAGACAAGGUAGAACUUUAUAUGGUUUUGGUGGUUAA